CAAAGUAAGCCCAAAGUAAGCCCAAAGUAAGCCCACAUCAGCCAAUCACGUUCGUCCUGUGGGCUUACUUUUGACCAAUCACGUUCCGCCCUGUGGGCUUACUUUUGACAAAUCACGUUCCUUCCCGCUGUGGCUUGUAUUUUGGCCCGCCGCUCGCAUCGAUCCCGCAUCCUGCCUUCUCCGCCAAAGUAAGCCCAAAGUAAGCCCACAUCAGCCAAUCACGUUCGUCCUGUGGGCUUACUUUUGACCAAUCACGUUCCGCCCUGUGGGCUUACUUUUGACAAAUCACGUUCCUUCUCGCUGUGGCUUGUAUUUUGGCCCGCCGCUCUCGCGAUCUUUCUCUCUCUCUCUAUGACAACCCGUCUCUGCUUGGAUAAUGUAUGCGUACCCCGUUUUUCGUCGCCAGUCAGCCAGUUCAACUAGACUGCUGAUGGCACCCUCGGAGGAGGCAAGGGCUCUUUCAAACACCGGGUCUGGAAGGGCCAAACCCAAAGAGGAGGUGCUGGCAGAGGCCGCUAACUUUGUGGCUGGCCAUGGCGGAGACCCAGCUGACAGGCUUCUGGUACUGGCUCACUGCCAGCUGCAGUUUGGCAUGUUCCAGGGCCAGAGGUUCAGGUGGCUCCUGGAGAACAGUCUUGGAUAUGCUGUGUAUUUACUGCACAGCAUUUCCAAGGAAACAGUGCAGGCAAACCCUCUGUCUGAGAACAAACAGCUGUUCCAGGAGUUUACCUCUCAGAUCGCAGAGAUGACGGUUGAACUAGAGAAGUUUAGCCGUAAGCAGGAGAUGCAGAAGCAAGCGAAGGACACUGGAGACCAGGGCUAUUUGAUGGUGGAGUUUGGAGAUUUUAAGGGUCGCUCCAUGAAGGAAGUUUAUGAGGACCAGAGCCAGAAGGCCCAGGCCCUCAUCAAUUACCUGAAGACUGCUGAUGCCCGGCCCAACACCAACAUGGCCAUUUUCAAGACGUAUGUCUUGAAGAGACGCGCUGCAGCCACCACCCUCCCAUCUUCAGCCUCCACUUCCACUGGACGUCCUCCUGCAUCCUCCACUUCCUCUGCACCUUCUCCUGCACCCUCCACUUCCUCUGCACCUCCAGCAGGAUUCCAAAGUGGCGCAUGGAAGCCCGCCACUGUGAAAUCUCUGCUGGCGCGUGGGAAUCUGUCUCCUUCACAGCUGGUGAAAAAGUUGAUGUCACCAGUUAAACUCUCUCCAGCACCGCAGCUCACCUCACCCCGACCUUCAAAACCCCGGCAGCUUUUCCCUUCUGACUCUGCUGAGAUUGAUGAUGAGGAAAUGGUAUCUGCUGCAGCGCAGUGUGAGGCACAGCUGAAUACAGCCACGGUGCCUCGUGAGGCCUGUGCUGAUCCUCCACCAGCAGCUCUCCUUCAUCAACCUUCAGCUGAGCUUCCCAGUCACUGGAAGGAUCAGCUUCCACCUUACCAGCACGAGUGGAUACGGCACACUCUGUUCAAGGCCAACCCACGUACUGGCAAGCCAGAGCUAGUGUCACCGCUGAAGCUUUGGUGGUAUCCUCCUCAGCCCGCCCUCAUUCACACCCAGCCUCCCGCCUCGCCUGACCACUUCUUCUGUCGGCCGUUGUUCCUGUGGAUGCCCCAGAAGAUGUGGCUGUUUCCUCUAGUCUGUGUUCGUCCAGCCUGCGGCAAGCACAGACUAACAGCCGCAGGAGUGUACAGAACAGUGCGGAAGGUGCUGGACAUCGACGGGUGGUAUGACCUUGCCACUGAGUACCUGGAGUGCAAGCGCUGUUCCAAAAAGUAUCCUGCUUGGUCUGAAGACAUCUUAGGCCAGCUGGAUGUGGGCCACCGCAGCAAGUUUCCAGCUUUGCUCACUUACAGAUACUCGUGUGGCAUCCGUGUGCUGAGGAUGAUGAGGGAGAGGACAAUGGGAAACAGCGUGACCCAGCUGUACAAAAAGCUGCAGGAACAGCAUAGCGAGGCAUGGAUGGAGCGUGUCCUGCAGUACCUGACAGCUUGUGAACCAUUCACAAGGUCCGCUGUUGUCCGUCCCUCUGUCUUUGCUGAGCCUCCCUGCUUACCUGCCCUACCCAAGCCCAAGUGGCUGUUAGCAGUUUAUGCCAGGGAUGUUCUCAGCCGGCUGCAUGAGGUGAAGGCCAAAAUCACCUCCAUCUUUGGCUCUGUCCUCAAGAUGGACUCCACCAAAAAGGUCACGAAGAAACUCGCUGGUGCUGCUGCAGGUACAGCUGCCUGGUGCACCAAUGUUGGCAACGAGUACGGUCAAGUCCUUGUCUCGGUUCUGACAGCUGGUGAGGGACAAGCACUUGACACCAUGGCAGCUGGCCUGGUGAAGCGGUACAGGGAGGCGGGUGAGGCGCCACCCAAGGUGAUCUAUGUGGACAGAGACUGCUGCAGUCAGCAUGGCCCUUGUCGGGUGAAGGCCAUGUUUGCAGGGUGGGAUGAGCUUCAGGUGCGGCUUGACAUCUGGCAUUUCAUGCGCCGUUUUGCUGCAGGUGUCACCACUGAGGCUCACCCCCUGUAUGGCAUCUUCAUGGCACGCCUGUCCACGUGCAUUUUUGAGUGGGAUCCAGAAGAUGUUGCUGCUCUUCGCCGUGCCAAGGAGGGUGAGCUGGCAGCAAGAAGUGUUGGCAACAUCUCGGAGGAGGCGGUGACCACUCGCAUCACUCGGAGGGAGUUGGCACUGCACUGCAGGAGGAGGACCCGAGGGGUGGAGGAGACCAACAGACUGAUCGGGUCACUGAUCAGUCUGUUUGACAGCGCGAGUGGGAAGGGACACUCUGGGCGUUCCUCUGCUGGACCACGAACGGAUCCAGCAGAUAUGGAUGGAGCAGCAGAAACACCUUGGCUGCAUCCAAGACCCAGAAGACUUCCAGCUCUACAUCAAGACGGGCACCUUGAAGAAAGGCAACGUGGAGCUGUGCUGCUACAGGUGUGCCCGUGGCUCUACCUCCUUGGGAGUCCUUUCACUCCACCUGAACAGGUUUAUUCCAGGGAGCACUCUUCCAUCCGCUCCUACAGCAGUGCUCUCAGAGAGGCGGUGGACCAGCUCAGCCAAAAGGUGCUAGGGAGAUGCUGGGAUGAGCGCUAUCGCACCCCUGGAGCAUACACAGGUGAAUUGCUGGGGAUGGAGUACUUGUACAGCCAGACCGGCAAGGAACUGACUCCAGUGCUCCAGAACCCAGAGGAGGAGGACAGGCUGGUGGAGGAAGUCAAUGAUGAGGACUUCCAAGAUGAGGGCUUUGUUGAAGAGAGCAUGGAGGACAUCACAGUUCCGGUGCUGUAUGAGGAUGACCCCUCCCGUGCUCUGCAGAGCAGGCCCUCAUCGUUAACGAGUCCUCAGGCCUCUCCUCCUCCUCCGCCGUCUCCACCUCAGCCUUCUUCUCCUCCGCCUUCUUCGCAUCUGCCUUCCCCACCUCCGCCCUCUCCUCCUCCUCAGGCCCCUGCAUCACCUGCUGAUGUGCCGUCCAGCAGUAUGUCUGACGAGGCUCAAGGAGCAGUGAUUGGACCAGGAUGGGAUCGCUGGGUGACCCAGAUCGUCCAGCUGUGGACAGCUCUCCCUGAGGUUGACAAGCAGCGUGUCAACUACCAGCCUCGCCAUCAGGUGCGCCUGACAAGUGGCCGCUUUAAGGCUCCGAAGCGGACAUCCUGGGGGUCCUGCACAGUGGGCCCCAGCACCAGCCGCUUGGUUGAGGCCAUAUGCACCAAGCUGUGCAGUUUGCACAAGUCGCCCACCAAGAAGUCUGGAGUCUCCACCCCUAGAUGGUCAAAAAUCCUUGACAGCUACCACCACAUCCGGGAGCUGGUGCUCAACACUCCAAGGCUUAUGGCGGAGACCACGCUCCAGCUCUUUGAGCUAAAUCAGAAGACACUCAUUCAGUGGUUUCAACGGAGGCAGAAGACCCAGGAGAUGAGUGUCCUCUCCCAGGGAAUGGCUCCAACUAACAAGAUUCCCGUGGCACCCAACCAGCUUCUGCCCCGAAGGAGACACUGGAGCUCCUUCCUCCAACAUCUGGCCCACGGCACCAGGUGCUUCCAAGAUGACACUGCCUUGCUGAGGAAAGUGAAGGUGAAGGUGAUGGUGACUCUCCAGUCCUAG